UAGAAAAACAAUAUUAAACAGACUAGCAUUUAUUUAGAAGCACAAUAUUUUAAUCAAAUCUUUUGUUUGGUUUAAAUAAAGCAAUAGAUAUAGCUACAGUUUAAAAACAUUCAUGACAUUCGUGGUUAAUGAUGAACUACACAAGUGGUUCGUGUGUGUAAUGCAAUGAACUUCCUUUAUAGGAUACAUUCAUAGAGGCACUUGUGUGAGCAUGGCUUUGUUGUUUUUAAUCUUUAUGCUGUGACCACGCCCCUUCUGAACGACACCAGAUAAAGCCCGCAGAUGCCCCGCCCCUUGUCAGUCUAGCAGAAAUGCGGAGCGCGAUGGACUACUGCGUCUAAUACCCAAAGAUCCGGUGGACCGAGGCGAAUGGACGUAUUUCUCCCAUCAUUCACGCACAGAUUUCUUCAUUAUUUCGCGCACCGAUAGCGUUCAAAAUGCCUUUUCCACCGAUAAACCUGCACUCACGGAUAUCAUCGCCUAGAAAGGAGCUGUUCAGGAAAAAGAAGAGCAGGGACAAUGUCGCGCCUCCUCAAGCCACGUUCAGUCAAAGGACAGGAGACGACAAGGAAUCGGAGAAAGAUAAACUAUCCACAUCGUGGCCAUCGGCCAAUCUAAAGCAGCUGGCACGAAGCAAGCCGACCAGAGUCCCUCCAGAUCCCGAGACGGACAGCAAACAUUCGUGGUUGAGCGUCCCCAAACCCUUGGCUACCUCAUGCGAAAGCGUCCCGCGGUCCAGUUCCGGAGAGUCCAGCCAUAAAUACGCCUCCAGGACCUCUCUAGCAAAAGAAGAAGGCGAGCAAGAGAUCCACUUCUCCCUCAGCCUGACCCCCGAAGCCAUCUUGGUCAUCCAAAAGCGCAAUCUGGAAAAGCAGAUGAUGGCCAAGCAACAGAAGUGCUGCGCUUCCGCGGACUUGAGACACCGGCGGGUUUUCCCAUCCAAGAGAGCUCAGGGCAGCUCCAGUAAUAAGAGCUCCGGACCUGUUGCCAAAUUGGACGGUUCCAACGACAUUAGCACCAUUGUGAAGAUCUCCCUCCUCAACGAUCAGUACAAAUAUGAUGAUGUGGAGUACGAGGAGGAGGAUGGAGACGUGGACGAGACUGUCAUGAGAAAAUCCGGUCCAUCUGAAUGUCAGAGGCAGAGGAGACAACAAAGCCCUAGCAAAACAGGGCCGAUGGCGAUGACUUCUGCUCAUGCUGUGGAUUCUGAUCAAGUGCUUGAGAGAAAACGAAAAGCUCUUCUAGAUCAGCGCCAUCUAGAGACAUACUACAGACUACAGCGCUUGAAAGACGUGCUGUCAUAUAAGCAUGCUACAUUACUGAGGGAAAAAGUUCAAAGACAAAGACAAGAGAUGAAGCUCCAUGAUUCCAGACCUAGAGAAGAACAUAGAGAACAGAAGCUUGUCAGCCUUCAGAGGGCCAGAUCAACUCUCACACACGAUGAUGCAUACCUGAGGUGUCUGCCUAAAACACGCUACUAUCUGGUUCUGGAACUGCAGAAACAGCUAAAACAACUCGGGUGUCUUCAGAGCCGCAGGGAACAGGAGGUGUUCAGGGUCUGGACAGAACAACACAGAAGCACAUAUCAACUUGAGAAGCAACUACAAGCAGUGGUCAUGCUGGCAGAACACAGCAGUAAUUCCAGCUCAGAUGUGACUCUUGAGGAUCUGCUGAAACAGAAGUCUGGGUCUCUCCCGAAACUUCAGAUCACACCUAGUGACUCCACAGCACAACACAAACAUAUGCCAAUCUCAGUAAGAGUGGGUGGAGGAGGGGUGAACGCUUUUCAGCAGCAGUGCAAACAGAGUUGGGGACAAGACGAAACUGAGCUCAUGUUUCCUGAGGUUUUCACUCGGGAGAUCAAAGUGCCUAAAUUUUCUAGUCUGCAGUCCACCUUCCUGGAAGAAGUCAGCUCCAAGAUGCUUCUUAUGAGAAGCCAUGAGCCACCGAUCAGGUCAAAGACCAUUGACAUUAAACACAAAAUGAGAUUAAUGCACAACCUUUCGCUCUCUCAUAUGGCUGACACCCAGAGAAUUAUGGCAAAAAAUGGACUCAGUCUGCAAUUUACAGAUGGUUUCAGCAUUAAAGAAUUGAUGGAGCAUGAAUGUCCUCACAACAUCCAAACUCAGAUGUCCAGAUGUGCCACAGAGCCUGACUUUACACACCUGAGUGAUAAGGGUACAUCUGAAAGCCCAGAAUCCUUCACUGAGAGUCCAAAUACACAUUUCUCACCAAGGUUAGGAAUUACUGUGAAUGAAAGUGAUGAGGAACAUGUCAAUCAUUUCGCUUUAAAACGUUAUCAUUUUUCAUUCAUGCAUGUAGUCUCCAUCCAGUUGGGAAAAACACUGAAUCCCCAUAUAGUUCUGCUGGAGAUAUGCAUUUAUCAUAUACAGAUGUGCCUCUUUGUGUAGCUGACAUCUAUACUAGUCAUGCUGUUAAGGUGGAAAACUGUGCCGUAAAGAUGUGGACGAAUUAUACAUAGAGGUGUUGUUCUGUCAUUUUAAAACAAGCCAAAGACGCUGAUAUUUGAUGAAGAGAAGGGAAGUUAGAAACUUCCUGCUUAACCCACAAAUGCA